AAAUUCUCCACCGCCGUGUAUUCUUUUUCUACCUUGCAGACAUCUCUGUUCGUGCAAGUACAUUGUGAAGCGUUUUCUUGGUUCUUGUCUUGUAUGUGGCGCUGUAAAGGAAGGUGGUAUAGAGGUUUUCUUGGUCUAACGAGGUAGGAAAAUCAAAGAAGGUGAAGGAAAAGUUUUGGUAGGAAAAGCAAAGAAGGGCAGCGGCGAAUCUUACAGAAGCGGUGGAAUUGGCAAUAGACGCAGGACGGCGUUGGGCGCAGGGUGGCGUCUGGAAACGGUUGUGGGGAGAUGUUUUGUCACUCAAGAGGGGAGGAAUUUUUAUUUUUAUUUUUUUUCUCCUUUUUUACGUAGAUGAGGGAAAGAAAGGCACCAGAACUUUUUACAGGGAAACAGAGUCUGGAGCUCGCAUCGGUGCCUAGGGUUUUGAAGGGUUGCGUAUCAGUAUAACGUUACAAUGGAUCCAAGAUCCAAGGGAGAUUUAUUGAAGCACUUGGAGAAGCAGAGUGAGCUCCUUCUGGAUUCCUAUAGAACAAUGACAAAUGAACUGCAUAAACUUCAGGUAGAAGAAGAAAUGCUGAUGCGCAAGUUUUAUGAAAUAAUGACAACACAUGGUCUACUUAAAAAGAAAGAAGACAGAAGUAAUGUUCCUGAUGAUGGAGAAAAUGGAGAUUGCACUGCCAUAGUCGUUGCAACUAGCAAUUCACAACCGUAAGGACAUCAAGUUGGAUUAUCUCGAUCAUGAAUAUGAAUAUAUAUGUAUAUAUUUUUUUUUAACAUUGUAUUAUCGACAAAGAGCUCUUCUGCAUAUUCUUUUAUAAUGGCUGAAUUUUGUUUGAAAUUGUAAAAGAAAUUGAUAAAAUUUCUUUUUUAGUAUAGAAUCCAACAACUUUGAAGUUA